GUCUCUUCUUCCUCUUCUUCUUCUGUGAGAUCAACGCAGUUGUCGUCCUCGUUGUCGUCCUCAUCCUCAUCCUCAACCCGCACCCGCCCGCCGCUCUCCUCGUCCGCGACGGCCCCUCCCUCCCUACGAAGGUUCAUGUCGUCCCAGUCGAGCUCCUUUUCCGAUGCGUUCUCCGCGUCUGUGAAUUCUUUGCCUUCCGGUCCUGCUGGUUCGGGGUCCGGUUCGAGUCGGAUACCGGGAAAUGGUGGUGGAAUGGGCUCUAUACGGUCCUCGCAUGGCGAGAACGACGAGCAGUACAGGAGACAGCUGGAUCGGAGACGGGCAACCUCGAUAGCAAUGGAGCGCAAGAGAAGGCUGACUGGCGGUCUGGAUGAUGCUUCCCGGAGACGCUCAUUGACCGUCAGCGGCUCUGAUCCUGGCUCCAGCAGUCGGGUCGAUUUGCAACAUCGACCUUUGCCCCCACCGCCGCCUCAGACGGGCGAGGAGGAUGCUGCGCCAGGCUCGUCCCGCGCUACGGCUAUUGAUAUCUUGUCGUCUCCAGAUGCCUCGUCUCGACAGACGAACGGAGCGUGGCCGCGGACUAGGCGGGAGAAUGACUAUAUGGACUACAUUCUACCGCGGUGGCAGCCGGAUGAUGAAGUGGACAAUUGCCCCAUCUGCGGGACGCAUUUCAGCUUCUGGUAUAGAAAACAUCACUGCCGCAAGUGCGGACGGGUCGUCUGUGCGGCAUGCUCCCCGCAUCGGAUUACGAUCCCUCGUCAGUUUAUUGUGCGGCCGCCAGAUCCUAAUAGACGACCGGCGUCGAUGUUCAUUCCUCCCAGUGCGGCUUUUUCGCAGGUGGCGGAUUUGACCGGUGACGGUGCUCAGCAAUCAACGCCGUCCGGGGAGGAUCAACUGGCGUUUAAUCCUGCCCUGGGUGGUGGCGACGAAGUUCGUCUCUGCAAUCCAUGUGUUCCUGACCCGAACCCUGAUCCCCCGCCAGGAUAUGGUGCUGUUCGAUCGGGGUCAACAGCGAGUCAGCCAUUGCAUAGACCCCAUCAUUCCAUGUCCGCUGCCGCAGAUCGGGAUGCACGAAGGCGUAGAUAUGGCAUGUUGUCUCAGUCUGAAGAGUCUGGCACGUCUGGCCUGGCGUCAUACGGGGGUCUGGGCUAUCGUGCUUCGUCCUAUUCUGAUAACCACGAUUCUUCACCACCGGCCUACGCUUCUCCCCGUACUUUCACGGGACAGGCAUCCCAAUUCCUGGGAUCAUUUGGUUCACGACCAUCGCCCAUGCACCAUCGGGACUCGUCCCGGGAUGACAUUGCCAGUUCGUCUUCGACGGGUCUGCGCCCUAGACAGUCCUCUCGCCCGCAUCGCCCUCGCGUUGACGAGCGCGAUAUCUGUCCUAUCUGCAACCACAUUCUCCCUCCACGGGGCCCGGAUGCCAGCGAGGAAGCCCGGGAGGCUCAUAUCCGCGCAUGCAUCGAGGGCCAUGGGCGCUCAUCACCACAUAGUGGCAGUCCGUCGUCGCAGCCGCCACACCCGAUGCGAAUGCUCGCGUUCACCGCCACGGAGAAAGACUGUGUCGGCCAUGAUGGUAUGCCGCAGGAAUGCACCAUCUGCAUGGAGGAGUACGAGGUCGGGCAGCAACUGGCGCGUCUGGAGUGCCUAUGCAAAUUCCAUAAGAGCUGCAUUGUCGAGUGGUUUGGACGGAAGAAAGAGUGUCCUGUCCACAAAGCUGGCUGAGCGGAUCCCCAGUGGAAGCGGCUCUUGAUUUUAUUGUUAUCCCGAUAUCCUAGUAGAUAUGUCUCAUGCGUUCCUUUUGGGAGUCGUUCUGGUUAUAGGAGGUUACUUCACCGCGGCACAUGCCCCCGACAGUUUGGUUGUUCCUUGUUACUGCCCCUCGCGCAUCCACUGGCGUUUGUAUCCUUUUCUUGCUUCAGCCACGAACCCUGUCUCUAGCGUUAUCGUCAAGUCGGUCGUUUUGGUUAUUUUCACCGUGUUACUAUCCCUGGAAGGAAUGAUUGGGUAUUGUUAGCUAG